AUGUGGCAAAAUUCUUCUACUAAUUUAAAUAAUAGUUCUUUAGUUAUCUCAGACAGUGAUGAUAAUGUAACUACUAAUACAAGGCAAGAUAUCCUUAUCGAUAGUAGUGACAAUGACGAAUCUAUUUCAAUGGAAAGCAAUAUUGAUGAUGUUAACGAAACCAAUGAAUCUGAGAGUCUAGAAAUGGAUUCAAUUAAUAAAAAUAAUACACCAGAGGAAGCAAGUGAGGAGAAUGCAUUGGCAAUAUCUUAUGCUAAACAAGAGAUUGGAGUUGGUAAUAUAGAUCCAUUGGUAGCACAAGAAAGAGCUCUCCUCUCUUGCAAAUUGCAGCAACUACAAAAUCAAUUAGAAAAAACAAAGUUAUUACUUAAUACUGCAAAUAUAGAGAUAUUACCAGAUAAAGGAAAAAAAUUACAAGAAAGCAUUAUUGUUCAAGAAAAAGAAAUAAAGGAGGUAGAAGCAAAAUUAGAAAGAACACCUUUAGUACAAUCUGUUGAACAAAUGAAUGCAAAAUCUAUGUCUAAUGAUAAACCAGAAGAAACAUCUUUAUCAUCUAAUCAAAUGAAAUAUCUACAAUCUGAUUCUGAAUAUUUUUUUGCGGAUUCUACGGAGUCUUCAGAAUUAAAACCAUUGGGGAAAAAAGCUUUAGAGACUAGAGAACGUGAAUUUACUUUAACGGUAGAAAGAUUACAGGAUUUACAUGGAUCACUUGUAGCUCGACCUUCAGAAGAUGCAAAAGCAGAAGAUCCACCUGGUUUAAAAGUAAAACUAAUGCCUCAUCAACAGCAUGCAUUAGCAUGGCUUAUGUGGAGAGAACAAAAACGACCGCCUGGUGGUGUAUUAGCUGAUGAUAUGGGCCUAGGUAAAACUUUAACAAUGAUCUCCUUAAUCAUGGCUACUGUUGCUCAAGAAGAUGAUAAUGACAGUGAUGAUGAAUGGCAUACUACAAAUAAAUCUAUAACCUAUAAAGGUGGAACACUGGUUGUAUGUCCAGCUUCUUUAUUAUCACAAUGGGAAAAUGAAAUAAAAAGUAAAUGUAAAAAAGGUAUACUGUCAGUAGAAGUUUACCAUGGUAAUAAUAGAGAAAAAUUAGCUAAACGUUUAGCAAAAUAUGAUGUUGUUAUUACAACAUAUAAUAUAUUAUCCAGGGAAUUUAAAACCAUGUCUACAAUUCAUUGGAAAAGAGCAAUACUUGAUGAAGCACACAUAAUAAGAAAUUAUAAAAGUCAAGUAUCUCAAUCAGUAUGUUGUCUUAUAGCAAGUCAUCAAAGAUUAGCAACUGUUAUGAAGACUCUUAUGCUUCGAAGAACAAAACAAGAACUCCAAGCACAAGGUGCUCUAGAAAGUUUACCUACUAAAAAUUUUGAAGAAGUGGAAGUAAAACUUGAUUCUCAAGAACAAUUAGUCUACGAAAAAGUUUUAAUAUAUUCUCGUACGCUUUUUGCACAAUUUUUAUCGCAAAGAGCAGAAAAAGAUCAUAUGGCAGACUUAAUGUCUGGAAUGUAUGAUAAGCCAUCUUUUUUGUCAAAUCCAAAUAAAAAUACACAAUUUACAAAGGCUCAAAAUCAGUUACUUUCGCUGCAUGCUGAUGUUAAAACGCACGAAAUUUUGGUACUUCUAUUACGUCUUCGCCAAAUAUGUUGUCAUCCGGCGUUAAUUCAUGCUAUGUUGGAUCAAAAUGAUUUGGAACAAAAUGAAAUAACGGAUGAAGAAAAUAUAAAAGCAGUACUCAAUAUGGUCACACAAAUUUUAGACAAAGGAGAUAAGCUUAUUAUUGUUUCACAAUGGUCAAGUAUGUUAGAAAUUAUUGGAUCUCAUUUAUCUACAAUAAAAGGGGCAACAUUUAGAGAAUUUUCAGGCAAAGUGCCUAUUAAAGAUCGACAAGUUAUAAUAGAUUCUUUCAAUGAUCUAUCUGGAGAUCCAAAAAUUUUGUUACUUUCACUUACUGCUGGUGGAGUUGGACUAAAUCUUGUAGGAGGAAAUCAUCUAUUACUUAUUGACAUUCACUGGAAUCCCCAGUUAGAAACACAAGCUCAAGAUAGGAUAUAUCGAUUUGGUCAAAAAAAAGACGUCUUUAUUUAUAAGUUUAUUUGUAAAAAUACUAUAGAAGAACGUAUCAAACGCUUACAAGAAAAUAAAUUGGCCAUAUCUCAAAACGUAUUAAGUGGUGAAAAGAACCAACUUGUUUCAAAAUUAUCGCUUAAUGACCUUAAAUCUCUUUUUGCUCUUUGA